AUGUUAUUUACGCCAUUGAUUGCCUUUGCUGCAUACGCAUCUGCUGCUCCGACUAGGGCUAGCUCCCUUACCACCGACACUGCUCUCACAUCAGUGUCUACCCCAGUGACGUCCAGCACAACCGCAGGUGCUGCACUUCCGAGCCCAACGGUGCCUUAUGCAUCCGAUGACCCCAACGGUUCAUAUCUGAAUCGUUUCCAAAGCGGUACCCCGGAGCCCGAACGCGGGGCGGCAGGUGGAUCUAUUAUGGGGCCUCAGAACCUUCCACUUGAGCGUCAGAACCCAGAUUUACUGGCCCCACCUACGACAGAUAGUGGCACCGUUGAAAAUGUCAAAUGGCCAUUUGGACUUUCUCACAACCGAGUACAAGAUGGGGGCUGGGCAAGACAACAGAAUAUUCAUGAAAUGCCUAUUGCUACCAGCAUGGCGGGAGUCGAUAUGCGGCUAAACGCUGGAGCGAUCCGUGAAUUGCAUUGGCAUCUCACUGCAGAGUGGGGCUAUGUCAUGGCUGGAAGCUGCCGUGUGAAUGCAGUUGAUCAACUUGGACGUAACUAUCUUGCCGAUGUGUAUCCUGGCGAUUUAUGGUACUUCCCUCAAGGAAUUCCCCACUCUAUUCAAGGUCUCAAUGACACGGCUAACGGCUGCGAGUUUCUCCUGGUUCUCGAUGAUGGCACGUUUAGCGAAGACUCCACCUUUCUCCUCACAGAUUGGAUGGCACAUAUACCAAAGGAUGUAUUGGCCAAGAAUUUCCGCGUCAAUGCGUCUGCAUUCGACCACAUCCCCGAUCGCCAAUUGUGGAUGCUUCCAUCCGCGGUCCCUACUGAAAGUGUGACCGAAGCUAACCCCGUGAGCCCAGCGGGUACGGUACCGCUCCCGUUCACGUUUGCAGCGAGCAAGGCGCCGGCUACCAAUGUAACCGGAGGAUCUGUCAAAGUUAUCGAUUCGCGUACCUUUAACAUCUCAAAGACUAUCGCUGUUGCGGAAGUCACGGUUGUACCUGGAGGUAUUAGGGAGCUCCAUUGGCAUCCCACCCAACCCGAAUGGACCUUUUAUCUGGAGGGAAAUGCACGGGUUACUGUUUUUGCUUCAUCGGCCAACGCACGCACUUUUGAUUACCAAGCUGGUGAUAUUGGAUACGUCCCUCCCACUUUCGGCCAUUACGUCGAGAACAUUGGCAAUACUACAAUGAGAUAUCUAGAGAUUUUCAAGACCAACAUUUAUGAAGAUAUCAGCCUCAAUCAAUGGCUUGCCCUUACUCCUCCCGAGUUGGUCAAGGCGCAUCUCCAGCUUGAUGACGAAACCAUUUCUCUCCUUCAGAAGGUCAAACCCAUUGUGGUUGGACCCGGAGAGUGGUCUUGUCGGUCUGCGUUCUUCAAUGUGAGGACAAAUCUUGCUCUUAACCUGGCCAACGACCGAGCAGUGAAUGUCUACUUCGCGGAGAUCGACGACUGGGUGCGUAAGAAAUGCGAUGAAGCCAAGCCUCAGUGCUCACGAUGUGUUGGGACCUCAACGCCUUGCGUCUAUGAAUACAUCGAACAUGCGGGGCCUGGGAAUAAACGAAUCAAAAGAACAAAGCCAGCAAGACGUUCUGCCUCUGAACUUGCAUCUAGGACAUCUCGAAAUACAUCAGUUCGCCAAUUGGAUGACAUUGCUGCAUCUCUACUAUUUCCACCAAUUUCUGAAGAUUCUGUCGUGCUCGCCCAGUCGAUUUCGCCCGAGGCGUGGGGAAUCGGGUCCGACCUUACCCCCAGUCCUUUGGCGCUCGCGGAGACUGCCGAUUAUCCGUACAUGCCUCAACCAUCCAUUUCCCCCACACCCUCCCAGCCACUCUCUGAUCUCAGUCUAACCACAUUGUCGAGUACCUCGGAUCAUGCUUGGGUGGCGAGUGGAGUUCCAUAUACGUAUCCUAUCGUUCCCACAGUUCCCAGUUCGAUAUCGCAAGUCUGGUCCGAUUACGAUGAAUCGGAGAUCGAUGAAGAGGGUGACCCUGAAGGAGUUGGUCUCAUUCUAUGCACCAAUCCGACUAUGGAUAAGAACGUAAAAGAUAACGCGUUGCCCUUUGUGUUGGAGUGCUAUUCUCGGUGGGCAAUCGCCAGGGUUUACGAACCGCUGAAAGUAGUGCACGCCAUGCGAGAUCAGGUUAUACAACAGUUUGCAUCGGAUAAUGGACGAAAAAGAACGAUCAUGAUAGCAAACGUAAUGAAGAUGUUCGGCCAGGAUCUAGUUAUCGACGGCCGUGGACAGUUCAUCCUUAAUUGCUUGGCCUCCGACGUGCAAGAGAAGAGUAUCGCUUUCAUGAAGACGCCGCCUUUAUUUGACAUAGCAAUGGAUAGGCGAAAUGCAAUGCGUGCAUUGGAUAGUGUACUGGAGAUACUGGCGCUCCAAGUAAAUACGCAGCCUAUAGCCGCCUGUAUCCGAUCACUGGAUAAUGCUGCACCUAUUUUUCGACGUGCAUGCAUCGAACCACCAGGGCAGCCGCUCAAUCUCCCAAAUAUCAUGAUGGAACACAGUCUUAAUCUCCGACAUUUUGCGACCAUUGAUAUCGUAAGGAGCGUAUCUACCGGCCAACCGACCUACUUCCGAUACGAAGUGCCAUUUUCCCUCGAGUUGUGCGAAAAGAUGUACCAAAUGCAGGAUGUCUCCGGACUACAAUGGCUUUACGGAUUUCCAGAUCAGUUCGUCAUGCUAUUCGCAUGGAUUCAUUGUCUGUGCGAGAAGCCGGGAGGCAACGUCUCAGAAUUGAUUGCUUGGGUAGAGAGUAUAUUGCCGCAAAUUAAGAUUGCUGUCGGCGAAUUUGGCGAUCCACUAUUACGCAUCGGAAGAAUGGUGGUCCAAGACUGUUGGCGGUACGCUGUACGCAUUUAUCUAUAUAUGGUGUUGGGCGGAGCAAAUGCCCUUGACCCUCGUGUGAUGCGCGUUCAAAAGGACUUUAUGCGACUUCUCAGGGGGGUUAAACCCGCACGAAAUCCCGAUGCUUUUUUGAUGAGUCCCAUAAUCAUCGCUGGGGUUGCCACGCUCAAGGAACGAGACCGGCACACACUUCGCCGGAGAAUGCUCAACGUUCGAGAAUGUGCGGAACCAGGCACCUCAGGAAAUGAUGGUAUGUUACAACUAGAGGACGUAUGGGCGAGAACAAAGGUGGAGGGACGCCCGGCAGUAUGGUCAGAUUUGGGGAUUGCAGUUCGCAGAGUCACAGGCAGGUAA